GAAAGGCGGAACUUUUGGUGCAAUUUCCAACCCAUUUCGGCUUUUGGUGCGGAGGGGAUCAUGGCUUCCUUUGGGCAUUGCUCGACGGUAUUUUGCUUCUUCCUUGUAUUCUUUGCAGCAUGUACACUCACCUCGGUAUCGGCCGGUAAUCUCACAAUAACAUGCUCCCCAAAUCCAUGCCCAAAGUCCAUUCCCUACAACUCCUCCCUUUCCCUCCUCGUCGACUAUAGUCCAACCGUUGCAAACACAGCUCUUCGCAAUUUAACCGUCUCUUACACAUUAACCUACAUUCCGGCGGGACAAACUCAACCACAAACAGCAUCAUACAUGAAUACGUCUCGUCCAACUAGCGAAAAAAACAUUACUCUGCAGAUUUCGCCUAGCACGCAGCUAAAUUUGACUGCACCGCUGCAAAACAAUGGCCAGCUACGGACGAGAUUUCUGUACACUGAAGUGUUUCAACACGAUGGAAGCUUUGCGGGAGCAGCUACAGAAGAUGGAGCAGAGUUUGAGGUGUUGGGUGUAAACGCAAAUAAAGCGGAGGGAACGACGCCGACUCCCUCAGCGCCUGGGACGGGUUCCUCAACAGCAACCGCUACUCCACCUCGAAGUGUGCUAGUGUUGGGAAGUGCCGCCAUGCCAACUGCAAGGGCCGGUGAAGUAGCAAAGGCUUUGGGUAGCGCGGUGGCGGCCGGAAUGGCAGGAAUGUUCCUCUUAUAAGCGUUGUGUUUAUCUCUAUGUACAGUAUAUGUUCAUAGGCGUCGUUCAACGCCAUUCCGAGGCGAAAGAGAAUGACGCAGUGUAUUUCUUUAAUUGGGCUUUUUGUUUAGAUAGUCUUGUAGUUACCAUCAUCAUCGAUAGAAAUAUAAUUAUGCAACUGCUAGAGUCACUCUGUUAAAGAGAGAAGGCAAAAGUACAGCUACACAGGAAUAACAUCGCAC